AUGGCCCCGCGGCGGGGCGCAUCCUCCAACUCCCUCAGCCCGCCUGAGGUCGUCUUCCCUGGCACGGGUUCCACGUCUCCGGGAACAUCGCCGCGCUCUGUCUCGCCCUCGAACGGGCUCACGCAGUUCCUCUCGAGGCCGACGAAAUGGUUCAACCGCGCGACGUCCGACAAGGCGUCGCGCUCUUCAAUUAGUUCCAACGAACCGAGGUCCAGCACGAGUUCUUCAGGCCGGAAGCACAAGAUCUCGCACCCAACGGACCCUCGUCCGUUCUUGGAGAAUCUGAAUGUUUCGCCGGAUAAGAAGGGGCUUACAAGCAAUCUUUUCGUCCCUCCGGAUGAUUCGUUCGUCGCGCACGGCCGCGUGCGAGUAUGUCUUCUCGGGAACGGCCAUGGCCGUCGCUCUCGAAGUGUGUCACAAAGGUAUUCAUUGCCGCACGGCGCGCCGGUCCUCUGUGGAGGUAGCCUUAUGUCGACGCUUUUGGGCAGAUACGUGUCUGUACUCGAUUUAUCUCGCACCAUAAAUGCAUUCGACGACCUACCGAAACCGCCUGCCUCUCCCCGAAUGCCUUCGUCACCUACUCAACCAUCCAUGUCUCGCGGGCUCGGCGACCUGCGCAAUAUCUCGCGCAAGCCUUGGUCCAAGUCGGCAGACGACCUCAGCAAACUGUCCUCCCACAUGCCUGCACCAGCAUUGACGCCUAUUGACACGACCCUUUAUGACAAGAUCGGGCAGUACAGGAGCAAUCGCGUCGGCAGCGUCGGAAGUAUGAGUAACGCGCCCUCACCUUCCGUGGCCUCCACUAUGUCUGCGCAGCAGAAGAACUAUCCCUUCCCUACCAUCUGCACGUCACCUUCCGAACCACUGUCCAGUUCGCCUCCGAGCCGGCCGAGCAUCCAGCUGUCUGCAGCCUCGCCCACGCUUACAGACGGCGCGGCCCUCGCACCGUCGCUCUCAAACUCUAGCGCCCAUGUCCAUACGCGAUCGCAUUCCUUCACACCCCGCCUGCCGUCAAAGCUGGCCUCACCGAAAGGUGCCUUGCAGCCUCCCUUGAGUCCCAAGCGCAAAGGGUCGGCAGGGUCAGUCACAGAGCGUACGCCAGAGAGAGAACGAGAGAAGAACAACUCGGGCGGGAGCGGUGGCCACGGGCCAACUGCACGCUCGCCCUUCCCGUUCAGCUUGGGUGGAGGCCGGUCUCCUGUUAAUCCAUCGAGCCCGACCGAUACGCCCUCAUCGCCUACCUCGCUCGUCCCGAGGAUAGUCGAGCCGCCGGCCGACGCGCACGCGUUCAAGGCGGAGAAGCGUUCCUCGCAGCUGUACCAUUCUGGAUUCAUCAAUCGCCUCGUCGACUUCUCGCCCUCGGCGCUGAAUGUGCACGCUACUCACACGUACAUGAGCGGUAGCGCCGCCCCCACUCUAUCCAAAGGCUGGAAGCCGUACAAGCUCGUCAUGAAGGGCUCGAAACUGUACUUCUACAAGGCUCCGGGUGACCGGAGCGCUGCCAUCAAGGAGCUGUUCCCUACGGAGUUGGUCACAGUGCUUGAGGAUGAAGGCUUGACGGAUGGCGAGCUCGACAGCGGGGAUGGCGACGAGAUGACGACACGUGGCGGGAGAAGCAGGGAUAGGAAGAGAGCAUACUGGGGACGAGGGACUCACCCGUCGCUAGUGGUCGUUGAUGGGAAGGUCGAGCGCGGUGCAUUUGAGGCCCUGGUCCACGAAGUCGUCUUUGCGACAACCUUUGUCAGCGUUGCUCACAGCGACACGGAUGUGGACGGCUCACCAGAGUCGUCGUCUCGAUAUGCACCUGCUUGGCGAGAGUUUGCCUCCAGCAUUCUCUUCAGCUUUCCUUUCGCUGUCGGCCGAGGCAAGUUCGAGACGGAAUUCAUGCGGUGCUGUGCAUACCUGGUCAGUGGAGCGGACGAUGCUGCGAAAGUGGAGGAAACUGGCAGAGUGCAGUGGCUCGCAGGUCAAUACUUGAGCUACCACGGCGCCCCGGUGGACCGUAAUGCUUGGGAGCAGUGGCGGAAAGACACCAUCCCUGAUUUCCCUUCGGACCCUUCCGCUGUCCCGAAACUUGCCGGCUUGCCCCAGUCAUCCUCCACACAGGCGUUGUAUACGGCUUCUCCGCAGGUGGGGUCCUCGUCGCCCGGUAAUCUAGACAAGUCACCAGACCUCGGAGCGUUCUCGCCCAGGCCAGACGUCAAAAGCAAGAUGAUGUCUAUUGUCGAUGCGCUCGGCGUGCUUCCUCCUUCGGACCGCCCCAGCACUGCGAUUCGCCCAACGUCUUCGAGGGAUGGAUUGCUUGCGACACUAGAACGCGAUGGCUUCACGAGAGACGCUCUCGUUGGCCUCGACGCGCAAUUGGCUGCGCGAAGUUUGUCCGUUUUCAACCGCAAGCUGCUUGUGCAUGUACCAGAUAACUUCACGGCCGACCUGUGUCUCAGCUCGGAAACAGUAGAGACAGAGGGCACGGAACAAAGCACGGCAUCUGUCUCCUCGCCCCUAGCGCCCUUCCUGGGCACCGACGACCAACCACACUGGCUCACGCGCAUGAUCCUCAUUCAGAUACUAGUACCCGAGCCUGCUGGAACAACGACAUCUCCGCCCAUCGGCUACCCUUUAAUCGCGUCCGAGGAGCGACACGUCCCGACCUCUCGGACGCAUACACGUUCAGAGGUCAUCUCAGCCUGGGCCAAGAUCGGUGAACUCUGCCGACGGACAGGGGAUGAGUGUUCCUGGCGAGCCAUCUUCUCAGCUCUCUGUUCUCGGCCUGUCGCUCGCUUAGAGAAAGUGUGGAAGAGGGUCGACUCCGAAGCCGUUGCUAUCGUGCAAUCGUGGGCGCAGCCCCAGGAGAGAGGUCAUGUUGCAGUGUCCGAUCAGCCGGUCGCAAUCCCAUGGGCUGGCGACGUCAAAAAUCAAAUCCGGACGGCGCUGGAGAGAGCGCGGUAUGGUGCCGGAGACGAAUGGCAGCUAGAGUCUUUGAGUGAGGCGCGGCAGCGAUUUGAAGCAUUGCGGACAGCGUUCGCGCUAUGUACGAAGCGCGGUCAGUUUGACGAAACGUUGGAGCCGAGUGAUGUCGAGACGCUAGGCAAGGUUUGGCGCCACUCAUGGGAAGGGAGAAGCGGGCAUGGUAUAGCUUCCAAGUUCACUCGAAUCGAGCAGUUCAUGUCCUUGUCACUAGCUGCGGAGCCGCGACGCAAAGGGCUCUUCGAGCCACAUUACUGGACCCGAUCUACAUCGCAACAGUCGACCCCAUCACUAGUGGGCGUGCUCUUCCCUGAGCCGCUAGCCACAGUGUCCUUAAUCAACAGGGGAUUGCUGAUGCGCGGUCGGUUGGAGAGUAGCACAAGCCUAAAUUUGCAAGACAUACAGCAUCUACGUCAACUCCCGCAGAGGAUGAGUAGAGACUCGCCCAAUGGCGGGCGAACGGCGGCUGGGAAUGAAUUGGGUGGUACCAUCCUCUCGGUAUUUGACGGCGAAUUGCUUCUCCUCGUCCCAUCAGUGGACCCGUCAACACCAUCCCGCCCGACAUCUCGUACUCCUUCGCGACCACCGAGUUCUGUGGCCGACAGCCCGGCAUCAGGAGGGACUGUCUCUCGUACUUCGUCCAUCCGCGUUUCACCUGGUGUUUCUCAUGGGCUAGAUCGGAAGCCUAGCAUGAUUCGACGCAACUCGUUGCCAUCCAUUUCUCAGCGUACGAGCUUGCUCAUGCCAGAGGCAUCGUCGGACAAGGCUCUUCGCGUCGUUGUGCAAGCAGGUACUUUGGACAGACUUGUCGACGUCCUGGUUCACGGACUUCAAGGAGUUUCCGUGUCUGUCUCCGACGAUAAUGGCGAGAUGCCUCUUACAGCCUCAAAGACCCGGGAGGUAAAGCUUGAUAUGGAUGAUUUUUCGGACGUGUGGUGGAAUGUCUACAGGAGCUUCAUGACGCCACAGAUCCUGUUCGAGUUCCUGAGGAAACGGUACGACUCGGCACGAGUGUUACAGUCGUCCUCUCUCAGCGAAGUCAGCAAUGCGAUGCGCAAGCGUUCGGAGGUGCUGGAAACGAUGAACGAGUGGGUGAACCGAGGCGGGGGUGCCCAGGACAUUCUUGAUGAUGCACCACUGCACAACUCGUUUCUUUCUUUCCUCGAUAGCCGCGCGGAGCAUGAGUUGCCAACACUUGCAGAAGAGACUCGUCAACAAGUCUCCGUCCUAGAGCAACUCCGCAAGACGCUACGUAUGAGCUUCUACUCUCAGACGUUGAGACCAACACGUGCCGAAACCUUGUCUGAUGGCGCAUCGAGCGCAACAGGAAGUCACAACUUUGGUUCCGAUAUCCCCAACAUCGACGAGCUAGAUGCAGAAGAGCUUGUGGACAACCUGGAUGCGAUGACUUCUGCAGCGCUCCGUAACGUCAAUCAGGAGGACUUGUUCGUGACGGCCGACAUUCUCGAGGUACAAUCAGCGGAUCGCACUGGCUGGUUCCUUCCUCGUGAUCCCAGCUCGCUGUUGGAUGAAGUGGAGAUACAGGCCAUGAAUUCCUAUAUCACAGAGAUUGAGCCGUCAGCUCUCAUCUCCGAACUCGGCCAAGACUCGCUUUAUCGCCUACUUCCUCCCUCAGUGAGGGGCUGCAUUCGCGCCUCCAACAUCUUGCGCAAAUGGCUCAUCUGCCAGGUGAUCCCUCCUAGGCUGGGCCUUCGUGCCCGUCAGGCCCGCAUGGAGAAACUCCUCAGGGCAAUCGAAGUGUCUCGCCUUCGAAGCACGACGGAUGUCACUUACCUCGAGCGUUCUAUCGCAGAGCGUCCGUGCAUUCGCUCGGCUGUGGAAGCGAUCCUUACAUCGGCGGUUGUCAGCGUGGAGAGCCGUACGCACUAUCGCGCAUGGCAGAACCUCGCGCUGGCCCGAGGGACGUCUUGCGAAAGUCUAGCCGCAUUCCUCAGCAAGCCGGCCCCAUCCAUCGCAUCGAGGGGCACACUAGCAGUAGACAUUGGGUGGGUCCUGGAAAAGAUGCUGGAGAUCAUCAGUACGCCGGAUGUUUUGGAGUCGGCGAGCGAAACGAGCUCAGGGAUGGUGAACCUUGAUAAGCGACGAUCCUUGAGAACGUUGAUCUCAUCGACCACAGGAGCUGCCGCAUCGCGAAAGCGUCGACAACGCCGCCAUGUCGAUCGACGUGACUUCGAGCGUCUCAACAACAUCGAACGCCAGAUGUCUUCCACGCAUUUCGAUAUCCGUGGAAUUCGGGAAGAGGCGCAUCGCGAAGCCACUCAGUCAGGACCGUUAGGAGCGAAGAAGAUCCACAGACCAUUCCAGGCAUUGGUCACACUUCAGCAGGAGAAAAACAAACGCGAUCGGCAUCUCCGCGACCGCCUGAGCAAGGAGAAGAGGCAUGAACAGCAACUAUACGAGAGGAAAGAGGAGUCUCUCAGUAAGGCUAUGCAGCCGAGACGACAGCCUAUUGUUUCUCAGAAACAACAUCGUAACAAGAAGAGCAUGUCGUCUGCGUUCUUCCAGUUCAUGCGGCCCAUCUCCAGUGCCUUCACCUCCGACACUCUUUCUGCAGGCGUAGUAAAGCGAACGCCUGCUGAACUCGAUUUUACGCCGACGAACAAACCGUCCUUGGUGCUCAGUGUAGUUGACGCCCGAGUUGCGCAAUUCGUGAACAACGAGCGGUCCUUUACGUUCCAGCUUGACACCGAGGACGGUGGCCAGUAUCUCCUACAAGCAACCGGCAAGCUCGAGAUGAAGAAGUGGAUGGAUACUUUCCAGCAUGUGUCGGCGAUGGCUGCCAAGCGUCGACUGACGUACCUUGGGCAGAAUACCAAAAUGCAGCUAUCUGACCAUCUCCUUAGUCAACCAGUGGCAGCUUCGAGAGACCCUCGCGCUUUCUUCGGCGUCGACCUCGAAGUCAUACUCAAGAGGGAGUCGCAGGAUGGCGACGUCCCACUGGGGACAAUACCAUCCAUUCUGGAGCGGUUGAUUUCCGAGGUUGAGACUCGCGGUCUGACGGAGGUUGGAAUAUACCGUAUUGCUGGCUCACAUGCAGAGGUAAAUGCAUACAAGGACGCUCUCAAUCGAGGCGAAUGGCCCAUCACUCCUUCAACCGAUAUUUAUGCUGUAUGCGACCUCAUCAAGUCGUGGUUCCGUGUUCUCCCCGGCGGUGUUUUCUCUUCUGCUGCGUACGACGACAUCCUGAGGACCGUCACCCUUGACGGAGCUGAUUUAGACAUGAAAGUGUCUGGUAUCCGCCGAGUAGUCCAUAGCCUGUCCGACAUGCAUUUCGAUCUCCUCAAACGUAUCAUCGAACAUCUCGAGAAGGUAACAGACUUUGAAGAGAACAACCAAAUGACAGCAGACUCGCUGGCCACGGUCUUUGGGCCAAAUAUCCUUCGGUCGCCCACCAACGACAUUGCUGGGUUCCUUGCCAACAUGGGCCCAUGCAACCGGGCACUGAGGUUACUCAUCUCUCAUUCUCACAGCAUUUUCGACGAUGCCCUCGAGCAGGACGCUGAAGUGGAGUACGAACAGGAACAGGAAGAGCUCGAGUUCGACGAGCCCAUCCCGGAGGAAGACGAAGAUGAAGACCUCCUUUGCGACAACGACAUGGAUGCAGACGCGGACGCGGACGCAGAGGAGGUCGCCAUUGCCCCGGGGCCGCCUGUGCUUGACCUGGACCUUGGCAGCCCACACUCACUCUCGUUCUCGGUUGCAUCGUGA